UAUCAUUAAUGACAUCCCAGUCAAAGUCACUAUAGUUUGGGGCACUUUGCAUGCACUGUAUUGCCUUUCUCUCGGGAAGUUUACAUUUUUAGUAGUCUUAAACAGGGUCCCUAAAAAGAGAGGAGCCCUUGAACAUAGAGUUGCCUAAAAGGACACUGAAGCAGAAGUGGAUGAAGUCGCUUUUUCCCAUUAAGAAGAUGCAAGAUGCAGAGAAAAAGGGCACUAAGAGGAGAGCUGCUGGCAAUCUGAAAUGGUGUGUGUCUGCAAGAGGCAUGUAGAAAGGAAGAUACUGAGUCAAGGUAGGUUUCAGAUCCCCUCCCUAUCUUUGGAACUGAGAGUGGGGGAAUCAGGGAGCCGGGGUGUCUGUAGUGCACAGCCUGGAGGCUUGCAUUAGUCUUUCCUUCAAAAGGACAGAUCAGAGUUACUUAUUUUCACUUAGAGGCAGCCAAAUGAGACUUAGAGGACAAAAUGAUGAUGAGUACUUCUGUUUUCUGGGAAGUCAGGUUUUAAACUGGCCUCUGCCAGGAGGAUGCUGAGCUACAUGCUGAUAUGCCUUCAGCUACUGCCGAAGAUGAGUUAAUGAGGGGUAUUUUUGGCCGAAGGGAGAGUGAGGAGGGACUCAUUUAGGAAAGGAGGAUAUACACUCUAGUUGCAGAUGUCAGCACUAGUAGUCCUGCAUUUAAAACAAACCAACAAACUGGACCUUGAAAAGAGAUCUUCAGCUCCUGUGUCAGUGGAUCGUGUUUGUGAGGGUAAGGUUGAGCCCCUGUUCUCUGAUAAGAGACUGCAGAACUUUUUUGUUGUUGCCUCAGGUGGAGAUACCAGCAGCCUAGAAGCCAGGCUCAUCCUCUGCUAAGCCUGGAUCCCCUGUUUCCUGGGAGAGCACUCUGAUUCAGGGACUUGUCAAUGGUGACCCCUUCCAUGCGUUGUAGGGAGACCCUCAUUCUACUGCUGCGCACACAUUUCUGGGAAUGCUUCACAGGGUGGAGGCAGAAGCUGAGAAGGAGCUGCCUGCCUUAUGGGCCUGGCUGGACUUACAGGACACCGAAGCAUGUUUGAGCAUAUGUCACAAAGUGCAAGCUCAAAGGUAACAGAGAGGAAACUGCGUGGGACUUGUCCUCCUGUUGGUCGUGGAAACUGUGGAAAGCAAUGUGUGAAUGCAAGCAGUUGUAGGUCUUCAUGUUUUAAUCCCCGGAAUGAUUUUCACACUGUACAUUCAGAGCACAGUCCUGUGAAGCCAAGGAUUAUUACAGUGGUGAGACCCUGUGGACAUAUGCUGAGAAAGAUAACCUUGCUUCUGAACAGGAGAUCAGUGCAGACCUUUGAACAGCUAAUGGCUGACAUUUCAGAAGCUCUGGGAUUUCCACGUUGGAAGAAUGAUCGUGUGAGAAAGCUUUACAGUCUAAGAGGCAGAGAAAUCCAAAGUGUUUCUGACUUCUUCAGAGAAGGUGAUGCAUUCAUAGCUCUGGGCAGGGAGCCCCUUACACUGAAGAACCUGGAAGUGGCAAUACAAGAACUUUGUCCUGAAAAUCCAUAUGCUGCCAGUGCAAUUCAGCAGAACGAGGAGCAGUCCCAAAAACUGAAGAGCAGGCUGUGUGAUAAAGCUUCAAAAGUGGAUGGUGGCUUCGAUGAGGUGGAAGUUGCCAAGACCUGCAGUGAUGCCGUGUCUCCCAAAAUGGUAGCUGGAAAAAAUCAAUCCAAGACGAGGCAAGAAGAAAAAAUGAGAACCAAAAAAAAGUGGACCAGAGGGAGUUGGAAUGGUGAACAAGGAGUGAGGCCUUCUAGAAAAGCUCGAGAAGAUGAGAGGUACCUUAACCAAGAUAGGAGUCCUGAGAAAGGGUUAGAAGAGAGUUCAGUGGAGGUACUGAGGUGUGAGAAGUGUGAACGGGAAAGGCAGGCCAGGCAAAAGUUGCAAAGGGAAAGGCAGGCUGAGGCUUCAUUUGAGAACAUAGACCUGAAUGCACGUGCAUGUCAGAGGUACCACGUAGAAAGAAAUGCAAAAAUCAGGAAUUGCCAGAAAGCUUCAGAAAUUCAUCUAGAGGAUGAAGAUGUUGGCUGGAAAGAUAACUGCUGUAGGAGGACCUGGAAGCCUCUACAUAGGAAUGUUAAUGAAGGACUGGAAAAACAAAAAAGGAGCAUUGAGAAGGAAAGGGAUCUGGAGAAACAUGAAAACCGUGAGAAGGAAGUAGUAAAAAUAAAGAAGAAUGCUGUAGAAGGGCGUCAGAUAGCUCAUGAAAUGAAGGAAGAAAAUGGAAGUAGCUGUGUAACAAACCAAAAUGGUUGGCUAAUAAAAGACACUCCAAGGGAUGCUGAGAAAUCAUCUAAAACGCAUAAGGAUGGUAGAGAGGGACAAAGGGCUAAAGAAGAAGGUGCCAGGAGAGAGGGAAAUGCUGUACAUAGGGAGAGUGACAUGACACGACGAGAGAAAACAGGAGAGCGUAGAUUGAAUAAGGAAGAAAACAAGGCUCAGGGACUGGAAAUAGCCAGCCGAAGGCAUGCUAUAAAAAGCAGAACUGAUGUAGAAAACCACUAUGAGAUUGGCAGGACUAUUGGGGAUGGGAAUUUUGCAGUGGUGAAGGAAUGUCGCCGCUGUGACUCAAAUCAGAUAUACGCCAUGAAAAUUGUUGAUAAAUCCAAGCUGAAGGGGAAGGAGGACAUGAUGGAAAGUGAAAUUCUGAUCAUUAGGAGUCUUUCUCAUCCCAAUAUAGUAAGCUUAAUUGAAGUAUAUGAGACGGAGGCUGAGAUCUAUCUAAUCCUGGAGUAUGUCCCAGGAGGGGACUUAUUUGAUGCAAUCAUAGAAAGUGUGAAGUUCACAGAGCACGAUGCUGCUGUCAUGAUCACUGACCUGUGUGAAGCCCUGGUGUAUAUUCACAGUAAGAACAUUGUCCACAGGGACCUCAAACCAGAGAACCUUUUGGUUCAGCACAACGCAGAUAAGUCUACUACCCUGAAACUAGCAGAUUUUGGCCUUGCAAAGCUGGUUACAAAACCCAUAUUUACUGUGUGUGGAACACCAACCUAUGUUGCCCCUGAGAUACUUGCUGAGAAGGGCUAUGGGCUUGAAGUAGAUAUGUGGGCAGCUGGUGUGAUCCUUUACAUUCUGCUCUGUGGUUUUCCCCCGUUUCGCAGUCAGGAGCGUGAUCAAGAAGAGCUGUUUCAAAUCAUACAGCUGGGUCACUAUGAGUUCCUUUCCCCAUACUGGGACAAUAUUUCUGCAGCAGCAAAAGACCUCAUUACCAGGCUGUUGAUAGUGGAUCCCCAGAAGCGCUACACAGCACGGCAAGUACUUCAGCAUCCUUGGAUCAGAACAGCUGGAAAAACUAACAACAGAAAUUUGCAAAGGGAAGUAACGAUAAAUAUUGAGCGUCAUUUCCGGACCCAGCGCCGGAAGGAGGCUGUGGAUAAAGACACGUGAAAUCAAUGAGUUCAUCUACCCUUCUUUUUUAUUAAUUAACAAAUUAUUUAUGUUUUCUAAAUGGAUUUGGCCUUUAGUUCAUGGAUUUUGCUGGCAAUUGCUAAUGCCUCUCUUUUGUUUUUGUUGAUUCUGAGAUUCUGAAGAAGGACAGAGGUCAAAUUUGCAUCCACCUCCCUGUAUUUUUACUUGCAAGUGUCUCUGACAGCAGUGGGUACUAAAUAUUUCCCAGAAGGUAUCUGUUAUUUUUCUUUAAAUAAUGAUUUGAACUUAAUGUGUAUCUUUUUUAGAUUACAAAUGUUUCUUUUUGUCUAACUUCAGUGAUGACUGUGAAAUGCUUUCUCUUGUCUCCUUUCGUAUGGCAUCUUCUUUCAUGAGUUCUUCUUUUUGCUUUGGAGUUGUGUUAUGUUUGUAGCAUUGUCAAAAUAGCUGUCUGCUCACACAUUUGGCACUAAUACUCUGAACUGAUUUCUCACCAGUUCCUGCUAGCAAUUUAGAAGGUGAGAGAAAUAUAAAUAAAUGAAUAAAUAUUUAGCUAUAGGAUAUGUAAGAUAAAAAAUACUAUUUAUUAAGUUGUGAGGGGAAAAAGAAAUCAUUAUAGUUGAAAUUAGCUAUUCUAUGAUAUCUCCCUUGGCAACAUCUUUUCAUGGGGUGUUCUCGGGAUCAGUGUAAUAGUUCUGUUAAACUGCUGUAGUUUGUAUAGUAUGAUAGUUUCAGUUCUUUACAAGAAGAGGUGGGAAGAUACUAUGGCUGAUACAGCUUCAAGACUGUAAUACCUUUCACAGUGCUUUUCUUCUGUUCUGGAAAGUGGGAAGUUAAUGGUGCUGAGGAAGCAUUAGUUCUUUUCCCAAAAGUAUAUUUGUAGAAUUUUAACCCAAGCUUUCUUCUCAUACUGAAUUCUUUCUUAGGAACCAUCCACAUGGAUCUGUGACUUUCUCAAGUUGAUGGAGAAUAGAGAGCUGGGAAGCUGCUUCUUUGUCUUAAGUUAGCUCUUACCUUCAUGGUUUCCCUGUUAUCAACACGAUUCACAGUUGAAUUGCUUUUAUACACUUUUCAGUGUAGUUCAACAAACUUCUUUUUUCCAAGUUAUCUUUGAGGACUCUAUCUCCUCAAUUCCACAAGAAUGCACAAUGGUAUGAAAUGACAUUACAAUUCUACUCAGGAAAAACAAUUUGUUAGUCUAUGGGAAGGUUUCCCAAGGUAUGUGUCAAAUGCUUCAUUGCUUAUGUUACUUAUAGUUGGAGUUUUUAAGAAAUCUGGUGGGGAAGGUUACCAUCCAGAGAAAGACCGUGACCUGGGAGAUCUUUUGAAUCUCAAAACUUUUGGUUAACUAAUCGAAUUAAAAAAGCACUUCAGUUGUCUGAUAACGCUUUGUCCAUGAGUUGUAUGGUAGCAAAUAACACAAUAAAACUACCAAUUCUACUAGCAUCAAGUUCAUAGUCUGUAGAAUUGAAUGAGGGUAUUUCAAAAUGACAGACGUCAGAGGCAUUUUAGAAUCAGUAGAAGACUUCCAUAACUAUAAGAAAGAAUAUUUCUGCUGAGUGCUAACAUUUGUGAACUUUCUGAAUUACUAAGUUGUGUGUGAUGCCAUCAUUGUGUUUCUGUUUCAAGCUUUGACAGUUUUGCCUCAAGAUUGUAAAGAGAGCAGAGGCAACAGAACUGCGUUUUCAGUCAAGCUGGCUUAUUUUUAAUACAUGUUGGAUUGAGGCUUGUUGGGGAAUUCAACAAUUUGUAAAACAAACAAAUCAAAACUGUACUGUGUGCCCAAGUGGUAUUUAUAUUCCAUGUCAUACCUCUGCUUUGGAGGCCCUGAGUUAAGAAGACUUCUUGAAAAGAAGAAUGAAUUUAAGAGCUUUCCUAUGUGUAACCUCAUAUUCUAAAUGUGUUGUGUUCUUUGAUUGCUAGUAAUAACAUCUCCUGUGCUAAUUUGUCUGUCUGGGAUAUGAAACUAUGGAAAAACAGGUUAUGAUUUGCAAUAUUAUAUUUUGUACUUAUUUUUAAUAUAGUAGUUUAGGAAUCAAGUUUGAAGUGGGGAAAAACGGAACUAUUAUCAACAAUUAAGCUUAGGGCUUUGAUAUUGUGUUACAGGUUUCUUUGUUGCCUUUAAGAACCUGUCCACAGCUUUCUUCAUGGUGCUCAAGGUAGAGGAGUUGCAUGUGAUGAAUAUGAAAGUAAUAUUUUUUCAAAGAUCUUUUUCUCUCACGUUCUAUAGGUCCCAGUCUGACCAAAUGCAGACAGCACAGUGCGCUGCCACCAGUGUCUGUAAGCACCAAUGCUGCUCUGGCAGCACUGAGGGUCUGCUUUGGUUUUGCUAAACAUGUGGCACUAAGCCCUCCUUCUUCAGGUUGGAGGCUCAGAAAGCUUCCGGGUGCUUCUCAGGGCUUUUGCCACCUCCUCUUUCUUUCCUACUGAGAAAAAUGCCUCUUCCAUUGCUUUUAGUGUCCUUUGACUUCUGAGACACCAACAUCCAAAUAUACACUUCAUAGAACUGGGUCAUCUGUAUUUCAUUUCCUAGCAACGCCCAUGCUUCCAGUCAGUGUUCCUGUUUUCUUUUCACUGUGCUAACACUUGGAAUCAAAGCUUUCAGCCACAGCUGUCACAAAAGUCAUAGAAUCACAUAGUAUCCCAAGCUGGAACAGACCCACAAGGAUCAUCAAGUCCAACCCCUGCCCCUAUCACACAAAAUUCAAAGCCUGUGUCGAAGAGCAUUGUCCAAACACUUCUUGAACUUUGGCAGUUUGGGUUGUGCCCACUGCCUUGGGCAGCCUGUUCCCACCGCCUUCUGCUGCAGACCCUGUCCCUAACCCCCAAGCUUCCCCUCCCCUGGCACAGCUCCAUGCCGUUCCCUCAGCCUGUCGCUGUCACACAGAGCUCAGCGCUGCCCUCCGCUCCCUGUGAGGAGCUGCAGCCGCCAUCGGGCCUCCCCUCAGCUCCUCUGCUCUGGGCUGAGCAAACCAAGGGCCCUCAGCAGCUCCUCACAUGUAUUGCCCUCCUGACUCUACACCAUCUGUAGCACUAGAAUGGGUGAUUGUAGGUGUGCACAAAGGUACACAUGAUGUAUAAUUAAACUGUCAACCUUUCACAAGAUGCACUUCCCAAAUAGAUAAGGUAAGUGGAGGAUUCCACUGUCCCUGUAGCCCACAGCCAAAAUGGCAAUAACAGAUAUGGCAGGUACACCUAUGAUGCCGUUUAGAGCGUUAUACAGAGAUGCAGAUUUAAUGGUUUUCUGACAUCAGCUAUUCUGCAAAACUGCAUUCUGUCAUAGAUUUUUGUUGUUGUUGUUGUUGUUAGAUACAAAUUUAUUUAAAAAUAGAUUUCAUUUGGGGAAACAGGCGUAGUAUUUUAAAUUGAGUUAUUUGAGUGUCUGAUUCAAAGGAGAGAGUUUCUUAGUUGCUUGUGUAUGACUUCUGUUAAAAAUGCUCUUUUCCUGAAGGUCUGUAAUCUUGAUUGAAACUGUAGAAAUAAAAAUGUAUUUAAUCUAUCA